UAGUCUGUCACUCACCCUAAGGAGUGCAGCUUCCUCUUUGAAUGUGCUGCAAGUUUUAGGAGAUUUAGACGGCAUGAGAUCAGGGGAGUCUCUGAUUAGUUUAUCUUUUCUUGUCCUCUGGGUCUAUGUGCUGUAGGUUCAGCGUGUUUGCUGCAUAUCUAAAGGGCUGAGCUUAUAGAGCAAGAAGACAUGGGAGCAGUGUUUGUGUAUCAGCCAGCCUGAGGCAGCUAAAGUUACAUGCUGGUGGCUAAGGGAAGCCAGCUCUCGUUAUAAGUACUGAGGCAGUUGUGGAUCUGGGAUUUUGGAAUCUGCUUGAUCUUUUUUUUUGGAUGUGAUGCACAGUUCAAUAGUGGAUUAAUAAAGGAUGCUGAUCAUAACACCCAGGGCCCUGAGGAUCACUUGUGUUGGAUAUAAUCAAGCACUUUAUAUACUGGUCCCCAUGUUUAGGUAGAUCAAGCUCUGAAAACAAAACUGAAAAAAAUAAAAUCAUGGGCACUGGGACGUGCAGCAGGAGGCAGAAGAGUCUGCUCCAAACAGGAUUUUGCUUGCUGGCUGUGCUUGGCUUGGGAAGUGGAGUUUUACUCUAUAACUACAUAAUACAGCAGGCAAAGACCUCAGAAGCUCUGGCUGUGAGAUAUAAGCAGCAACAAGAUAACCUCUCUGCACAAUUGCAAGUGGUGUAUGAGCAUCGUUCAAGGCUAGAGCGGUCUUUGCAGAAAGAAAGAAGUGAGCACAAGAAGACUAAAGAAGAUUUUUUGGUUUAUAAAUUGGAGGCCCAGGAAGCUCUGAACAAUGAAAAGCAAGAUUCCAUGAAUCGCUAUGGUGCCCUCGGUUCUCAGCUUAAGAUCCUCAAGAAUCAACAAGAAGAGCUGAAAAAACAACUGUCAGAUUUACAAGAAGAGCACAGCACUCUGAAACUAGAGCACCAAAAAACACUAGAGACCAAUAACCAGAAAUUAUCCCAACUACGACGAGAGAAGGAUAAUGAGUUUAUUGGACUACAAGAUACCAUAUCAAAACUAAAAGAAGAAAGAAAGCUCCUUAGGAAAGCUCACCAGGAUAUCCACACGCAGCUUCUCAGUGCUCAGGGUCAGAUUGAUGAAUUCCGUAAGCUAAAGGAUGCUCUAAGAAAAAUGCCUAGCUUCCAGGACAUUGGAGACUCAAGUAAAAAGGUUUUUAAAACUAGUGAAUCACAGUUACUUCAGAACGUACAGGGAAAUGAGAGGCCUAAAGCAAAUUCUCCCAUUGUUGGAGCUGAAACUUUUAAUCAGAAGAAAUUUGCACCUCAUGAAGUUCAAAUUGAGGUCCAGGAUAUCAGUGUGCUUCAAAAUCAUAGGCUAUUAGAGCAUCUGAAUCGUACUCCAUCACUGACACAAGAUGACAACGUGAGCUCUGUGGUACGUUUCACCAGGACAGUCAAUAGCCUGCAAGGCCCAAAAGAGGGUGGGGAGGAAGUCACAAUCCUGCAGAUUCAACAGCCACAACACGGUGCUAUUCAGAAUGACUUAUCUCGUAAACAGUCAGUUGUCCAGAGGAAAGAUAGUCCCACAAUGAAUGCUCUGAGUGUCCAUGAACAGGUGCCAAUUCAGAGCUGGCAAGACAUUGUUAACGAGGUGAACGCCAGGAUGACGAAAACAGAGGAUGGCAGUAAGCCUGCAAGUGUUAAUGAUGCCAGCGCAAAACAAAAGGGCAACCUACUUGCAGUAAAUUGGGGCCAAGGAAUCGAGCAUCGUGCAGGCUUCAAUAAAGCAGAUGCUGGUAUGAUUGACAGAGAAGAUGACCUGCAGUCUCAAAAGCAGCAUACAGUACAGGAAUCAGUGAUUUCAGAUGAUGUUGCUGAUCCAGCCAAAGACCCCAAUAAUCAGGGGGAGGAUGAGUUUGAAGAGGCUGAAAUAGAUAGACCAGAUUUUUAUGAAAAAAAUGAUGAUGACAAAGAAAAUGUCCUGCAUGUGCCAGUCCAGAAUAUGGAGGAGGCCAAGGUGGCUCAAAAGUCCAGGGAAGAGGCAGAAGAACAGUACCAAGAAGACCAAGAGCAGGACAUUGAGGAAGAUUUAGGUGAGCAAGGCAAUGGUGAGAACAAAAGAAGACCAGAUAUUCAGGAUGGAAAAAAUAAACAAGGUGAAUAUUAUUGACUAUUUAAAGAUCCAGCCAGCAGAGGCAUAAGAAGAGUAUCAUGGGACAAGAUGAUACAAUGACAUUGCACCAAAUGCCUUGUAAUGUGAGCAUAGAAUGUCAUCUAAUAGUCUCUACAAAUAGUAUAACAGACUCUGCAGCAGGAGAUGGGUGUUAAAAUCUACAGCCAGAGUUUAUGCCAGCACAUAUUUUUUUACAGGGCCCAAACCAAGGCUACUUGGAGUCUGAUUUUUACCUCUGCUUUUCUUCUGUUUUUUUUUUUCUGUCUGUACAAGAACAGGAUGUAUUUUUCUUUUUGUGUAACUGAUUGUUCAUUAAAAUACCUUUAUAACGCUUUUGGAAAUCACAAAAUUGCUUCUGCAAGGGGCAAAAAAAAAAAAAAAAGAAAAUGUCCUAUACCAUAAAAAGGUUUAAUGAUUAUUCCUUGCAGUAAAAUGUUUGCAGUAGUAGUAAAAUAGAAAAACAUAUAUUGAUUCUAAACUCCUGACAAAAUGGAUUGCACUAUGAGGUUGAAGUUAGAUUUUUUUUUUUUAUUUCUCUUUUUAUAUAUAUAUAUAAAGCAAUUUCUAGAAAAUAAGAUAAAUGAUUCACUGACCAAGAUAAGGAACAAUAUUUUUUUACAUGGAUCAUGACAUUCACAAAUGAACCCCCAGAGAAAUGUUGGUUCGUUCUAAUUCACAUAUAUUCAGUUAUAUUACAUUCUUCUUUUUUUCCUACAGAAAGUGUUUUAUGGUUUGUUAAACCAAUAAAAUUCAACAUUUUAAUCA